AUGCCCGAUGAGGAGGGUCCACAGCUCCCUGAAGGCUCUAGGGCAGCCGAUGCGCUAACCCAAAACAGCCAGGAGCCGUCGACACGCCCCGUCAUAAUCCGCGUCGCUUGUCACGCAGGUCCCUCAACGUCGGCAGGUGCUUGCUGCCUCUUCUUCCACCCGCAGGAAAUACAUCAGACUUUUGGAGCAAGGCAAACAGAGGAAUCGCAUCGACGGGUAGCCGAUACGAAUCGCCGGGAAAUUUCCUCAUCGCGCAUCUCGCUUUCGCCAUCCAUCUCGACGAAUUACACGACUAUUGACGAUUGCGACUGUGUGUUUAUCGGCGCGUUGGAGAAUGGUGAUCUGGAAAAGCUUGAGCUCUCCAUAUUUCGACAAGUCGCGACAGCUGCUGCCCUCGUGAUACCCAAGUUGUCUUCCAACUUGCCCGAGAUUCGAUAUCCAACAACACUUUUACGUUUCAUCGACUUUCACAUUAUUUCUCCAUCUACCUAA